CGCCAUGCCGCAAUUGAACCGACCUAACACGUCACCAGUUGAUCUGAGACAUUGAAAUCGUGCACCAUUUGCUCGUUGUCGUGCCGGCCAGCAAGCUUUAAAAGCAAAAGUGCUUCUUUCCGGAAGCACUUAAAGCAAAACGGAGAGGGGUGGACUCGCCAGGUGAAAACCAAUAUGUCCGGCAUGAGGGUAGACCGUUCUGAUCCUACGGUGUGCACUGUGCACUGCUUAUCAUUGCCAUCAACUGUUUAUUGACCAGUCCUUUAUCAGUUUGGACAGGAAGUCUUGGAGCAUCGUGCCGUGCCACGGUGCUGAUAUGAGACAUAAGUGCAGCGUUUCGCAUUGACACAAGAGCCACUUAUCAGAGAGCUCAGCAAACAGCACCGGCGGGACGCAGCGACCGGCACAGUGCUGGGUCAGAACUGGUGUGGUGGUUGCGCCGUGGUGUGCACCGUGGGCAAACUGCCAACGAUCGAGACGAGGGUGUUCAAAAUCGUGGCUUCAUUCGACCGUCUGCAGGAGCAAGAGGACAUGGAGAGACAGAAAGGUGACGAUGGGGAUGUGGCGCUGCCGGCCAACGCUUCCAGCAAGUGUGGCGACAUCGAUUCUCGUGACCUCGUGAGGACCCAUGCUGCAGCGGGGGCUGAGGAGACGGUGCCGGUUGGGGGUGACUUACGGGAGUCAGCUCGGAGCGAGGCCACCAUUUAUGACCUGUGUUUGGAACUGCUGAAGCUGGUGCUGAGCAUGAUGGACUGCUGGGAAAUGUUCCGCGCCAGACGGGUCUGUCAGAGUUGGCGGCUGGUCAUCGACGAGAUCGUCGACGACUGUCGGCGUGAGCGUGCCGUCCGGCUGUCGCGGGGUUUCGCCCCUGCGCCGGCCACCUCUCUCCAGCUGGUGGUGAUGGCCAGGGAGCUGCCCAAGCUGACCCAGCUGAAGGCGCCGACCGCCCAGACCAACACCGACCUCCGACUGGUCGCGGGAGCCUGCCACGCUCUGGAGAAAGCCAACCUGUGCGGCUUCAAACUGAGUGUCCCUGCCCUGCGCCGGCUGGCGCUCGCCAACGCCUCCAGUCUGCGUGAGCUGACGCUGCCGGCCGGCAUCAGCGACGAGCAGCUGGAGGCGCUGCUGGAGCCGCUGAAGGUUCUGGAGCUGCUCGAUCUGAGCCCACCCGUGGACAGCUCCGGCAAGUGGCUGCGGCUGCUGCCGCAGUCACUGAAAAGACUGCUCAUCACUGGUGAGAAAAGGAUCAGGAAUGACGAAGCCACCGUGCCUUCACUGGUUUGAGGAACUGAAUGUCUGUGUACGGCUGGCAACCGACGCACUCCUGGACCAGCUGACUGUUCUUUCGGGCCGGAAACGCAGCAGAGUUACCGACUUGAGCAUACAUGGUUAGCAGCGCCAUCACGGAUAAACUGUCCAUUACUCCAUUGAAGAUCAGCUCUGCGGUGAUUAGAGUUCGACGAACCUUGAUGACAUUGCUUUGGUGCAUGAUAAUUGAAAGACUAAACGGAAUGUGCUUGGUCGGGACACAUAAGUGCUUGUCUUUGUGUGUUUGUCUCUCAUCAAUCUUCAACUUUUAACUGUUUCGAAUUAAAUUCACUGUCAUUUAGCACCUCUCUGUUUCUGUACGUGUUUUGCAGAGUCACCGUCCGUGACACCGGAAGCCCUGAGCCGUAUUCUGGCUGCCUUUCCCAAGUUAAGUACCGUUACUUUGGACGUAGCUGGCGCCACCUCAGACGUUGCACUAGAAGCCCUCCACGGCUACCGUCGGCUGUACGCGCUAACUCUCAGAGACCCCCGGCCCGUGACGGAUAUACCUGCCCUGACUCCGUCGGAGGUGGCAGCGGUCAGCAGGUCAGUCGGCCGGCGAGUAUCGGUGCGUGUUGACUGUUUGAUAGACUACUCAGAUGUUCAUGUAUGUGUCUGUGACCUGUGCCUGUGAGUUGUGACCUGUAUCUCGAUCGGCUCACCAUAUUCUGUUUUGGUCUCACCUGCUGCAGGCUGGCAGCGACCUGUCGGAAAUUGUACAUCCUCUUCCUAACUUCAUCACCAGAAAACUGCCAGACCGUCCUGAGUGCCCUGCUUGAGACAGACUUGGGCCUGACUGACAGUGGACGUCGUCGCACCAUCUCUCUCAAGGUCCCUGGUAGGUACCGGAGCCGUUCAGCGCCUCAUGAACUCUAGUAAACGCAGGUCACUCUAGGUAAGCGUAAAUGCUAAGUCUUUAGUCUGAGUUAGCCCUUAUCCUCACUACCAAGGGAUGUGUGUGUAACCAUUAAUGUUACCUCAUAACCUGUGACCUCACUAUCAAGGGCUGUGCAUAGCCAUUUAUACCUGGCACGCUCUACUUUCAGAGCCUGUGUAUCGGGAGCUCCGUCUGCCGCCCCAUGGAAGUCAAAUCUCUGUGGGCUGCAUCUGAAACCUAUUAGUUCUUCCUAGGGCUCGCCUGCGCCGGUGCCAGCGGCGGUUGUGGGACCAGGCACCAGAUGGCAGCAGCUGGUCCAGUCGGCAGGGCCGCAGUGGCCUAGUAUUAAGGUCAACUGAGUGACGGUCGGGUCGGAAAGGUCAUGCUGCUUAUCAGUCUAUCAGUUUUGUUGCCAUUGUGCACUUUCAUUGCUCUUUUUAAGUCUGGUAUCGCCGAAGACUGUACGUUUUCAUGAGCUCGCUUUUUGUGAUACACGAUUCAAUGCUUUAUUAUCAAUAAAAUUAAAGCUGA